GUUUCAUCAAGUACUUUUUGUAUUUUGGACCUUUUAAGUUGGUGACCAAUGAUUCAAAAUCCUACUGAUCCAAUGGCUAUGAUUUGGUUAUAUGAAAUUUAAGAUAGUUCUGGAAUAUGAUAUCAGCUCUGUUAGACUGCAUUAAGAAAACAUUGAGUGGAAAGUUAAAAGAUAAAUGCCGUGAUCUGACUAAGAUAAUGAAAUCAAUAUAAGGAAAACUUAGCUUCUUCAAAGGCGGACCAGGCGGGACAGCAGUGGUAAGUGGUAUUUUGAUAGCGCCGAUUGUCAUUUUUAUUUGCUUGUGAAGAUUAUUUUGGUGCAGAUCUGAAAACUUAUUUCAAAAGGCAAGUUUAGUUUACAUAGCAGGGUUUGCAUCCAAAAAGUGAAUUUUGUUCAUCUUCCCUUUCUUUAGCCUAGGCCACAAGCCCAUGGCCAAUGUGUUGUUUUCUGAUACAUUUUCCAUGGGCUUAUAUGACCUAAGUUACACAUUUGGACUUGAAACAGGAUAGCAGCUUCAGGUGCUCCUCCUGUAAUAGUUUUUAGUCAAAUCAAUGAUCAUUGAUUCAUGUCCCUGUAGGAGAAGCAGUGUCCCACAUAACGCAGCAAACUUACAUGUUCUUUUCCUUCCCAAACUACCCCUCUUAGUCCACCAUCUCUAAAGAUACCCUUCUUUAGCUCACCAUCACAAAAGCCCACCACUCUACUAAAGUUGGACUGCAGUGGCAAUUCAUCUGGCCUAUAUGCUGAUCAUGCGCUGAAUUUCUCUUAAAAAAUCAGACUGUCUUUACUAAAGAGAGUCCAAUAAUGGCUGAUAAACAGGCAGUGAAACAAGUGGAUAUUUGAAAAGGAGAAGAUAAGGAGAAAUGAGAGAAACACUAUCACCACUCAACUAAAGUUGGACUGCAGUGGCAAUUCAUCCUCUGGCCUAUAUGCUGAUCAUACACUGAAUUUCUCAAAAAAACAUCAUACUGUCUCUACUAAAGAGAGUCCAAUAAUGGCUGAUAAACAGGCAGGCAAACAAGUGGAUUUUGGAAAAGGAGAAGAUAAGGAGAAAUGGGUGAAACACUAUUCAUCAAAACAUCAGAUACUGUUAGUUGGUGAAGGUGAUUUCUCUUUCUCUUGGUGCUCGGCUCGCUCUUUUGGCUCUGGCUCUAAGAUUGUUGCUUCUUCUCUUGACUCCUACGAUGCCGUGAUCCAGAAAUACAAGAAAGCAAAAUCAAAUUUGGAAUCUUUAUAGGAGUUAGGAGCAUCUACAUUAUAUGGAGUGGAUGGAUGCAACAAAAAUGAAGCAUCACUUACCUUUGAGGAUGCAGAAGUUUGAUCGGAUCAUAUUCAACUUUCCUCAUGCAGGUUUUUAUUUAAAGGAAGACAAUAACCUUAUGAUUGAGAUGCAUAAGGAGCUUGUGGGAAACUUCUUUGGGAAUGCGAAUGACAUGUUACAAGCUUAUGGGGAAAUUCAUGUAACCCACAAAACAUCAUCUCCAUUCUGCCACUGGAACAUUUUGGAACUUGCUCGGAGAAAUUCUUUAGAAUUUAUCGGGCGCGAUGAUUUUAAGAUGGAAGACUAUCCAGGUUACAGCAACAAGAGAGGAGAAGGUGAUAGAUGCGAUCAGCCUUUCCCUUUGGGAGAGUGUAGUACUUUCAAAUUCAGAUCCUCCCAUACUGAUAAGCAGAUUUAUGGAGUGAUAAAUAACUCAGAUUCCGCACUCAAAAGAUCUCGGCAGAUUCAGGGCAAUCCAAUGGAAAUAUGGAAACGUCAGAAAAUCACAUUUGAUCGAGGAAUUCCUCAAACAACUUUCAGCAUGAAUUCAAAAGACUUCUCAGACUACAGGCUGACACCUUUGGCUGUUGAUAUCACGAUGGAAGAUGUUAGUCACUCAUUUGGAACAUGUGGCAGAGGUUUUACGCACUGGAGCAACUCUGUUAACGAAGUCCCAAUGUCUGAGUUUGGAAGGCACAUGGUAAGAUUCUCAGAAAUUUUCAUGCAUGGAAAUCCAUAUACGUCCCACGGACUUCAGAGAAUUAAUCAACCUUUUAGCAACGGGGACUCAUUAUCACAGCAUCGAGAGAUUGUACGCAGAUAUGGUCACCACCCAGAGGGAACAAGGGGGUUUGUUUAAUGUUUAUAGGGAGACUAGAGCACCUCUUUGUACAUGAUUGCUUGAAGAUGUUAAUAAAAAAAAUGUCAGAGUAGUGGUAAAACCAGCCUUACGCUCUUGGUUAUGUUAA